AGUACGUCAUCGCGUUCUCCUAAGAGUGGGCUCUUCAAACGCUGGAGUGUUCUACCUGUGUUGGGGCGCCAUGAGCUCUCAGGAGGAGACGUGGGAGACGCUGGACGCGGAGUUUGACCAUUAUUUGGUGGAUAUGAAGCCGUACGUCCUGAAGCUUCCGCAGAGGUUAGACCGCCAACGGUGCGCCUUGUGGAUAAGAAAGCUGUGCGAGCCGUCCGGAGCAGGGAGCGGGGUGACGGGGAGGAAGAACCGAAACCUGCAUGCCAAGCUGCUCCUUCACAUGCUGAAACGUGGGGUCCUGGAGGGGCCCUUCACCCACAAACCUGAAGAUGGCACGCUGAAGACCCUGCCCACGUACAUGUCCAUCUAUUUCGAUGAGCCCAUGGCUCCGCGGUCUCACCCCGCCGGUUCUGGGCGGUUGCCGGACUGGGUGCAGGGAGAGCUGGAGUCCAACCCUGAGGAGUCCUGCAGGCUGUCACGGAGAGAGGGGCCGGUCUCUUCACCUGACAGACUGCAGCAGCCGUACGGGCGGACGUUGGUGCGGAGGUCUCUGAGCCCGACACGCCGCUCUGAGGACGACACCCUGGAGCCUCUCCGCACUGGGGAUCGCAGUAAGCGGCUCGCCACCAGUCAUGAUGACAGUGACCUGGACGCCGUCCUGAACAGCUGGAAUCUUGGGAUUGAAAAUCCAAGAUAUCUGCGGGACAAGCCCUUACCCCUGACACCGAUCUCUCCGGACUCGCGCCUCGGCAGGAGUGCAGAUUAUAGGGAUGAGCGUUCCCUCUUCCGGUUACAUAAGAGCGAGUUGGACAUGAAAAUCAAAAGUCUGGAGGCAAAGUUUCAUGAGGAGAAGCUGAAGAUGCAGCAGAAGCACGACGGGGACGUCCAGAAGAUCCUGGAAAGGAAGAACAAUGAGAUCGAAGAGAUGAAGGGUUUAUAUCGAGUGAAGCAGAACGAGGCCGAGGAGACUGUCAGGAAGCUGGAGAAGAAAGUUCAGACCCUUCUGCGGGAGUCUCAGCUCAUCCGGGAGACCAAGGACGCCCAGAUCCAUGAGCUGAAGAAGCUGUGCGAGGAGAGCGCUGAGACGCAGAGGAACCAGUGGGAGAAAAAGCUGCACAGCGCGGUGGCGGACAUGGAGCAGGAGAAGUUUGAGCUCCAGAGGAGACACACUGAGAACAUCCAGGAGCUGCUGGACGACACAAACACACGACUCUUGAAGAUGGAGACCGACUACAUGGCGCAGACCAAGGCGACUGCACAGACGGUGAAGGAGCUGGACGCUCGAGUGCAGCAGCUGACUGUGGAGGCUGAGAGUAGUAGUCUGCAGCGCCAGAAGUUAUCACAGGAGAAGGCUGAGGUGGAGGCGUCGUACCAGGCGGCUCGCAGCGAGGUCCAGCAGCUGAGCGCACGACUGACGGCUCUGCAGAACGAGCGCGAUCGCCUGAGCCAAGACUACGACAAGCAGCUGCAGCAACUGCACGGCAAACACGAGUCCGACGUGCACUACAUCACCCAGCAGAACGCGCUAUCUGCAGCCCAGGCCUCCACGCUGAUAGAAGAGCUGGAACAGUCCUUGUCCCGGAGCAAGCAGCAAGGGCAGGAGCGGGAGCACCAACUGCAGCAGGAGAUGCGGGAACGGGAAAGCAGAUUUCAAAAGGAAAAGCUGCAAACAGAGCGUCAGUGGGAGAGGAAGGUUCACGAUCUUCAGAAGAAGCUGGAAGAAGAACGGGAAAGCAGUGCCAAGAAAAUCGCUAAAAUGGCCGACCUAUUAAAGGAGCGGGAGGAGCAGCUGAGCCGGAUGACGGAGAUGCAGCGACUCCAGGCCGAGGCCACCGAGGAGUUUAAGCGCCAGGUGGAGCGGAACACGGAGAAGGUGUACGGCGGGAUGAAGCAGCAGAUGGAGAAGGUGGAAGCCGACCUGAACCGAUCCAAGAGUCUCCGCGAGAAGCAGAGCCAGGAGUUCAGCCGCCAGCUGCAGGAGGUGACCCGGGGAUACGAGCAGCAGAUGGUGGAACUGAAGCUGGAGCAUGAACAGGAGAAGAGCCACCUUCACCAGCAGCACAGCGCCGAGAGGGACCGCCUCGUCAAGGACCACGAGCAGGAGAUCCAUCGGCUGGAGGGCCAGCUGCAGAACGCCAUGUCCGAGCACGAGAAGAAGAUGCAAGCAUGGAGGGAGCGAGACGCACAGACUAUCUCUGACCUGGAGAACCAUGUCUACAAGAUGAAGGAAGAGCUCAUCCAGAUCAAUGCUCAGCACAAGCAGCAGCUCCUGGAGCUCGGACACCUGCGGGAUGAGGAGAAGCAGCGCACCGCGCAGGAGCAUCACAAGGCCUUGAGCAGACUGAGGGCAGAGAUGGAGAGCGCCAGGCUGGACCUGCAGAGGACGCACGCUGCGCAGACCCAGGAGACGCUGGAGAAGGCCGGGAACAGGUUAAUGCAAAUGGAGAAGGAAUAUGGCGAGAAGCUGGCGAAAACGGCACAGGUGGUCAGCGACCUCCAGGCGACCAUGGCCUCUAUGCGAGAAGAGAGCGGCUGUCAGCAGCUGGAGGCAGAGAGGAGGCUGCAGGAGGCCGAGCAGAAACACCAGGAGGAAAAGAGGCAGCUGACCCGAGAGCGCGAGAAGGCCACGAAGCUCCUGCAGGACGAGGCGAGCGGAUACUGCUCCCAGCUGCGCCUGUCGGAGAGGAGACUGCAGGACAAGGAGCUGGAGCUGCAGGAGCAGAUCGCCCACAUCCGACAGGAGUACGAGCUGAAGAUCCGGGGCCUGAUGCCGGCCGCCAUGCGCCAUGAGCUGGAGGACACGAUCACGUCUCUGAAAUCCCAGGUGAACUUCCUCCAGAAGAGGGCGCAGGUGCUGCAGGACGACCUCACCUUCCAUCAGAGCAUACGGUAAUGAAUUCUGUACCGAAGGCGCCGGAAGUGGACUCCGCCCAGGACGCAGUGAGCGCUAUACGGAUGUUAUAAAUAAACUGUACGUGCCAAUCAGGAGUCAUAUUUAUUAGUCCCCCCGUCAUGUGACAUCCCCCCCAUCAUGUCCCCCCCAUCAUGUGACCUUCUCCAUCAUGUGACCCCCCCCCAUCA